AUGGAAGAAGGGGACGGUUCUUUGAACGGCAGCAAUGGUUCCAGACCUGAGCAUUCAACAGAAGAUGGAAUUGAAAUAACCCAGUCUAUCCUGAGUAAGUUUUCCAUGAAAUCUUUUUUUGGGUUUACUACUAAAUUGGAAUCCACUAAGCCAGCAGAGGAAGAUGCUGUGCUUAAAGCCUUUCGAAAUUUGGGCUCUGAGCCUCAGCUGCAGCUGGAGAGCAAUAACAAGGACCAGGAGGCCAAGGCCCAGUUUCCACCUGUUCUCCUGAACUGUAAAAGUAAUGCAGAUGUGGAGCCAGAGCCAGAGAAGGAAGGAUGCCCCGGGAAAGAACAAAAUGGGGGGUUUCUUCUUAGGCAAGAGCCACGUCCAUCUUCUCCUCUGAGUCCAAGCAAAGAUGAUGUUCUUCUUGUUCAUGGGACCCUUGUUCAUACCACUAGUGAUUCAGAAUCUGAGGGUGAAGGCCUGGAAGAGAAAGAGGGUAAAGACCUUAGCAGCAAAACACCAGACAGUUCUAUUUUAUCUGAGCCAUCUGUGGAUCCAAAAGAACCACCUGGGGAAUCUAGAAAAAAUGAAUCGAUGAUUGAGAUGGAUGGAAUGAAGCUCAGUGUAGAAGUUUGCUCAGUGACUCCAUCUGAGAUAAUGAGUGAUUUGGAGCAAAGAGAAGAUGGUCUAUCCACAGGGUUGGACCCCAGACAGGACCAUCCUGGGGGAGAAGAUUCCUCUACCAUGGCUUGGACAGAAGAUAAGAAUGCAUUUGCCAGAAACUCUGAAAAUGCCUCUUCCAAAAAAGAAGCAUCAGGGGAGAAAUCUUUCCAGCUUCCAGCCUUCUUCAGUGGACUACGUGUGCUGAAGAAGGGGGCCACCACUGAGGGAGGUGAGACUAUCACUGAAAUUAAACCAAAGGACAGUGACCUGGCUUUGCUUAAGUUGACACAGCCUGUCCAAAAAUCUCGAGCCCUACCAGGGACACUCUCUAGGAAAAGUGGGGAGAAAACACCGGAACUGAAAGCCACUCCCACUCUCUUGGAGCAGAUCUCUCAGCUGCUAAACAUUGAUAUGCCCAAAACUGAACAGAAAGGAGAAGUCUGUGAGCAGUCCAAGGAAGAAGAAAUGGGUAGUGAUACAGACCAAGAGAGUCAGUGCAAAGCUGAAGAAGUCCCAUCUCAGAAUGAAGAAGUUAAGUCUAAGCCCCCAGAGACUGCCCUGGAGACAUUCAAAGCCUUGUUUAUGCGCCCCCCCAAAAAGGGAUCAACAGCUGACACUUCUGAAUUAGAAGCCAUCAAGCGGAAGAUGAGACAUGAGAAGGAGUCCCUAAGAGCUGUGUUUGAAAGGUCCAAGUCAAGGUCAGGGGACGGCUCAUCUGAUUCCAGAAGCACUGACCAGAGUCCCACUGAGCAGGAUGAUAGAACUCCUGGACGACUCCAGGCUGUAUGGCCACCUCCAAAGACAAAAGACGAAGAAGAAAAAGUGGGAUUGAAGUACACUGAAGCAGAGUACCAAGCUGCAAUUUUACAUUUGAAGAGGGAACACAAAGAAGAAAUUGAAAACCUUCAGGCCCAGUCUGAACUGAGGGUCUUCCACAUUAGGGGAGAGCACGCUGUAAUAACGGAAAGACUAGAAGAAACCAUUGAAAAUCUCAAGUGUGAGUUAGAACACCGGUUGAGUGGAGGAUGUGAAAAGACAAGAGAUGCUUGCAUCUCUACAGAAGAUGAUUACCUGCCAAAGACCUUCCGAAAUGUCUACAUACAAACUGACAGAGAGACAUUUUUAAAACCCAGUGAAGAUGAAAACAAAACCAUUAAAAGUAACCAAAUAGUACCCAAAAAGCUGAACAUCUCCUCUCUAAACCACAUAUCUCCCCCAAAUGACAGCAAAGAUAUCUCCUCAACCCUUCAGUCUUUAGAAAGUUGCUCAUCUGGUCAACAAAAAUCAUCUCCCCCUCCUGCUCCUCUGCUGCCAACAGUAAUCCCUCCUCCUCCUCCUCCCCUUCCACCAGGACUUGGGCCUCCACCAUUGUUGUCACAAUCAAGUGCUGGGACACCACCUCCUCCUCCUCCACCACCACCACCACCUCCUCCUCCACCACCACCACCACCACCUCCUCCAUUGCCUCUAAGCACUGGAAGUCCCCCUCCUCCUCCCCCACCACCCCUUCCUGUCCCACCAACUCUCCCUAGCACUGGGCUACCACCUCCUCCUCCUCCCCCCUUCCUUGGAGGCAACACAUCCCUCAGCCAAAUUCCUCGAAAGCCUGCCAUUGAACCCAGCUGUCCCAUGAAGCCUCUAUACUGGACAAGGAUACAAAUAAGUGGUGGAAGUCAGGAUACUACGCCAACCCUGUGGGACUCUUUAGAAGAACCUGAUAUACAAGACCCAAGUGAAUUUGAGUAUUUAUUCUCCAAAGACACCAUUCAGCAAAAGAAAAAGCCUUUGUCAGAAUCCUAUGAGAAGAAAACCAAGGUCAAAAAGAUUAUCAAACUGCUGGAUGGAAAAAGAUCUCAGACUGUGGGAAUCUUGAUAUCUAGCUUGCAUUUAGAAAUGAAAGAUAUCCAACAGGCAAUUUUCAAUGUGGAUGAUUCCGUGGUAGACUUGGAAACAUUGGAGGCUCUGUAUGAAAAUAGAGCCCAGAAGGACGAGCUGAUAAAAAUAAAGAAACAUUAUGAAACCUCCAAAGAAGAGGAACUUAAACUAUUGGACAAACCUGAGCAAUUCUUAUAUGAGUUAGCCCAGAUUCCAAAUUUUGCUGAACGUGCUCAGUGCAUAAUCUUCAGAUCUGUCUUUUCUGAAGGCAUUACCUCUGUUCAUCGAAAGGUGGAGAUCAUUACACGGGCUUCAAAGGGAUUGCUAGACAUGAAGAGUGUAAAGGAUAUUUUAGCCUUGAUUCUGGCUUUUGGGAACUAUAUGAAUGGAGGAAACAGGACCCGGGGUCAGGCAGAUGGAUAUAGCUUGGAAAUUCUGCCCAAACUCAAGGAUGUCAAAAGUCGGGAUAAUGGGAUUAAUCUAGUAGACUACGUUGUGAAAUAUUAUCUGCGCCAUUAUGACUCGGAGGCAGGAACAGAGAAGAGCAUUUUUCCUCUUCCUGAACCACAGGAUUUCUUUCUGGCUGCCCAAGUCAAAUUUGAAGACCUCAUUAAAGACUUGAGAAAGCUGAAGAGGCAACUGGAAGCAAGUGAGAAGCAGAUGGUGGUUGUGUGCAAGGAGUCCCCAAAGGAGCAUCUCCAGCCUUUUAAGGACAAACUAGAGGUGUUCUUCCAGAAAGCAAAAGGAGAACAUAAAAUGGAAGAAAUCCACUUGGAGAAUGCUCAGAAAAGUUUUGAAACAACAGUAGGAUAUUUUGGGAUGAAGCCAAAGUCCGGUGAGAAGGAGAUCACGCCCAACUAUGUGUUUAUGGUGUGGUAUGAAUUCUGCAGUGACUUCAAGACCAUUUGGAAGCGAGAGAGUAAAAAUAUUUCUAAAGAAAGGCUGAAAGUCGCCCAGGAAACAGUGAACAAGUUAACAGCAGAAAAGAAGGUGGAGACCAAGAAAAUCAAUCCCACUGCCAGUCUGAAAGAAAGACUGCGUCAAAAGGAAGCCAGUGUGACCACCAACUGAAAAGAGACAUGUGAAAAUGAUGACAGUGGGACAUGAUACCUUGCAUGAUGCUUUAUAGUAUGACCAGUGUCCUGGCGAGCACUUGGUAGAAGACUUGGUUACCAAAUAUUUGCCUUGCUCUACUUUUCCUGAAAUUAUCCAAGGAAAGCUCUCUAGGACUUUGCAAAGGAAGAACCUUAAGAAGCCAGAGGAACAAUGAGAAGCUGUUUACAAGUACAUUAGAAAGAAUUAUGGUAACUACACCUGGGGGUAAUCCAAAGGGGUCCCCUCUGCUCAGUGACUAAUGGAUGCACUACGUCUAUUCAAGGCUUAUUGACUGGAGCUUGAUGUGCAUAUUGCAACACAUGAAAGAGGACAGAUGCUGUUAUGAAAACACCUGCCCUAUAAGAUUUUAAGCCUUGGUCUUCACUCCCUGCUACUUUGAUGGUUGGCCCUACUUUAAUCAUGUUGGAAAGAAUAUGCAUCCUUCUCCUUGGAAGGGUUGAAGAUUUUUAUACAUAAUAUACCCUGUAUUUCAUUAUUUUACUAUAACUAUUUUUAGAGACCCAAGACUGUAAAUAUCCCAGGUUAAGAGGUUUUUUGCACACUGGUGGGGAGGGAAAGAAGUAGCCAUAAUAUCCAUUUUCCUAGGAGAAUGACUAAUGACUCCAGGUAAUUGGCCUAUACUAAGUUAAUUCCCUUGUUUUAGCAUGAUAACUAUUUGGUGUUCUACAAACUCAACUCCCAGAAGACCAAAAAUAACCAGAACAGGCUGAGGAUCAAAUUCAUUGUUUGUCAGGAAAAGAAUAAGUGGCAAGUACAUUUUACAUUUUAGACUGGCAUCUGAUUGUUGAUGCCACAGAACCCCCUGACAUCAGUGCUAUUUUCCCCAGGCUAGAUUUUGCUGCCAGAACAGUUUUGUUAGGAAGUGCCUGGAGAUCCCUGGGAUUCUUCUUGCCCCUGUAUCGAAAGAGAUCAGGAGUCAGAUAUGAAAACCUUUUCACUAAGAAGUGAUGUUUGUGACAGAUAGAGAUCCUCAGUGUAGAAAUAAAUGAGCACAGAAGAAAAGAACUUCACAUUCAAAAGAAAAAAAUGGAUAAGCCUCAAGUAGGCUACUCUUGAAUGGAUAGUUUUGUUUUGCUUUGUUUUAUGAACCUGAGAAACUAAGAGUAGCUGCUGGGACAAGAGCCAUGAUGAUACAGUUGUGAGCCCAGGGGAAACCCAUCUUGGAGCCCUUCCCCUGACCUGACUUUUACCCUUGUUUGCCCUUUGGUUCUCAGGCAGAAAGCAUAGGACAGGGAGAAAAUUAGGGAGAGGCUGUAGGUGAUGUUUCUAGGAAUGCAGUAAAGCUUCUGCUCAUCAGUAGAGGUGCAUCUAGAAGCAAGCAAUACCCCCUGAGUGCCUUUUCCAUCCCUACUGCCUCUGAUAUCCAUUACCCUUCUCCUCAGGCUCCCAUAGUGUUCCUCCUCAUCAGGUUCCCGACUGUCUCCAUUGUAUGGUCCCCACAAACCUGCCAGUCAAAGCAGCCCCUUCAGGAACUGCUGCAAAUAGAAGCAUCUAGUAAAAAUACCACCUCAUCCUUAAUACAGUUUCAAUCUCUAAGGUUUUUUUUUAAUUCAUUAUGAAGGUCAAAUCAAAGCAUAAGAACUAUAUUCACAAGGGUGCUAGUUGUUUUCUUUAAGCUUCCAAAAAAAAGGGAAAUGAUUAGCUUUUUGUACCCUCAAAUAAAGUGCUAGGACAAUCAAGGUAAAAAUUGUAUUCAGAACUUUGAAAGUCACAUUUGACUUCCUUGUUAAAGAGCUUUCUAUCACUGGGUUCUGAUGUUUCCUAUUCUGUCUCACUCGGAGGUGAUGAGAUCCCUGGGAGUUUAUCAACUAAUAAAUUUGAAAGUAGUGACCCAUUUAAAACAAAGGUCCUGUUGUGAGUUCUUCCUAACAUUCACAUGUGGAAGAAGAGUGUCCAUUUUCCCCAAGGAAAGCAGCUUAGCAGCAUUCUGUCUAGAUUGUAAAUUUUAACUUGAGAGAGGAUUGCAGAAGGAAAAUCACUACAUAGUUGGACUGAGUCCACUCUUGCUGGAGGGAUGCCCCAGACCAAGAAGUAAGAUGUUGAAAAGAACAAAUCCUUUAAGGCAAUUAGAAUUGUCAUGUUCCCCCCAAAAGCACAUCAUUCCAAACAGCUAGGGACUGGAAGAGAACAAGUGAGUAGCUGAACUGAGAGUUAUGCAGCCCAAGAUACUGGUAGUCCUACCUUUGUCUUGGUUGAAGCAAUAGAAAUUGAUAGGAAAAAAAAAUACUGAGACAGUGAGAGGGUUUUGCUUUUCUCCUGCUGCCAAUGAUAAAGACUGAUGGCCUGGCUGCUUCCAGCCAAUGUAGCACAUCACAUUAGUGUUACAUACCACUAUUGUCUCAUCUUUAUUACCUUUCCCAAGUUUGGUGGUGUAUUAACCAUUGAAAAGAGGUCUCAGGCUAAAAGGAGCCCCAAUUAUUUAUUCCAAGUAGCACAAGUUGAAUCUCUAACUCAUAGUCAACCUAUAAAUGUCAGCUGCUAAUUAAUGCAAGAGACCUAGAGCAAGUGUGACCAGUGAGGCCCUUCUAAACGAGCACACUGUAAUAUAACUGAGGCUGAAGGACGUAUAGCAGGGUUCCUAAAAUUUCUCUGGCAUAGAGAUACUUCUGUUUUGCCUAACGCCCAGAAAUCAGCAGAUGAGUUUAUGAUCAAAGAAGUGGAAGUGUAGGCCAUCAUGACAGUUGAAACAACCAAAUCCAUUAUUGAUCGAUAUGUUUGUGUGUGUUCAUGCAUGUGGCUACCCCAAAAUGAUCAGAUUCUUGAGGAAGAACAAGGGGAAACUUUCUAGAACACUGGACAUUUCCAAAGAGGAGGGGGCUAUCACAGCUGCUAAAUUCCUUACCCACUCUUUAGUGGAAAUGUCUACAUACUUCCAAGAGAAGGAGUUGCUAACAAUAGCAUAUCUUCCUAUCCCUGGAGUGGGCAUGGAACUGGAUCCACAUAUGCAACCCUCCCUCACCCCAGUAGAAAGGGCAAAUUGGCAGUAACUACCCUGACCUGAUCAACCAGAUCCAGCAUUCAACAACCAGAUCAAAGGGUCAAAUGUGAUCAUCCCCUUAGGAACCCGUAAGAUAAUCUUCUUCUAAGGAAGCCCCCACUUACCUAAGGAGAAUGCUAAUAUCCUUGUAGCCAACUUCUUGGCACCAUGAAUUCUGAGGCUGCAUAUUUACUGAAGUGCAGAUUCUUACCAAAAAAAAGUUGCAAUAAGUAUUGAUUGCCAGGCAUGUCUAUGAUGCUUACUGCCCAUCCAGGUACAAUGGCAACAAAGGUAUAACAGGCCACAGAAUAACCUGCAUCAUAUUAUGAAGAAUGUUAGAAGGUGGGCUCUUACAUAUAGACUUCUAACCCAAGUUGAAAAGGAAAGAGGAAAAAGUGUGAGUAAACAAGAAUGGAAAUAUGAGUACUAGAUGGCAUUUCACAACCUAGCAUCUCAAUACUUGGUGACAAAGCAUGGAGAAAAAAUGGUCAAUCAUGACAAUCAUCCCAUCCAACAAGAACUGAACCCUGUUUAUAGAACGUGCCUUCAGAGACCCAUAGCAAAUCACUAGGACACCCAAGGCAAGGGGAAAAACAUGUGAAAUCUAGGGAACAACAGAGGAAAAACCCUCUGGUGCUAUUAUAGCUUGCAUUUUCCCAACUGAAAUGAAUCCUAGCUUAGCAAAGAGAGUGAGUACUUAUGAUUUUUCAAUGAAUAUACAGAAAUCAUUGCAGUGUUUGAGGUUAGACUAGGUGAUCUUUAAGACCAUUUCUACCUUUCGUGGUUUCUGUGGAGUGCUGUCAGUGAGGUAACCACUUUUACAUUAAGAUCUCAUAGCCUAGGGGGCAGCUAGGUGGCCCAGUGGAUAAAGCACCAGCCCUGGAUUCAGGAGGACCUGAGUUCAAAUCCAGACUCAGACACUUAAUAGCUGUGUGACCCUGGGCAAGUCACUUAACCCUCAUUUCCCCACCCCCCAAAAAAAGAUCUCUUAGCCUACUACUAAAGAAUUGGGAAAUGUACAUUUAUUAUGAGAAAAAAUUGCUACAUGGCAGGGGGGGGGGGCUAUGGAUGACUUUAGAACUUUAAUGAUAUUGAUGGAAUGAUUGGUCACUGUUAUUUUCCUAAGGACUAGUUGUAGAUGAAAUAGGACAGCUACAAAUGUCCUUGAAUAAUGAUUUGCCUAUGAUUUACAAAUCUCACCAUAGAUUUUGCUUCCUGUUUCAGGUAGUUUUUUAUUGCUUCCCUAGAAGUUACCAUUACUUGCUUUCUCUUAUGAUUUAUGGUUUAUGGUAUAAAAGUAUAGAGCAGAAAGAUAAGAUAAAUCUUAGGUCGUACAAAGAUAGGGCAAACUCUAAGAUUCUACUUGGAAUAAAAGAAGCAGGAUACCAGAGGACUUGGUUAUCCUGUGGGGUUUGUACCAACCAUUAGUCCUUAAUCAUAAACAGCAGGUAGGUGGCAGCUAGGUGGCACAGUGGAUAAAGCACCAACCUUGGAUUCAAAAGGACCUGAGUUCAAAUCUGGAUUCAGACACCUGACAUCUACUAGCUGUGUGACCCUCGGCAAGUCACUUAACCCUCAUUACCCCCACAAAAACAAACAAACAGUGGGUAGAAAAAAUCCCAAUAGUGAGAUAUGUGAGAUCUCAUCUUAUGUUAGUCAUGAAUUUAAACAGUUGUGGUUACCUGAUGAUUCUGAGCAGAAUAGUCUCCAACCCCUGUUUGAACCAUCCAUGUAAGCAAAUAUGAACUGUUUAUAGUCUAGAUGUGAAAUGCUUAGGAUGGUGAAAACUUAAUUCCUUUUGAAAAGUCUAUUUACAAAGGCAAAGCAACAUAUUACAAUGCAAAAAGCCCUGAACUGGGAGUUUAAAAAACCUGAGUCUGAGACCUUGUUCUGCCAUUAAUUGUUAUAUGACAUUGGACAGAACAUCCUUCCUAGACUCCACUUUCUACAUCAUUAAGAAAAAAUAAUUGAACUCCUUAGAUGUCCUCUCUAUUCCAAAAAUGCUAUCAUCUCAAAACAAAGAGGUAGAAUAGAUCUUUUUAAAUUGAUACCAUUCAGCAGUCCAAAGAAAAAUUUCAAGAUCAAGCCCUGAACUUUAUCCUAAAUUUGUAAGACCAGAUUUACCUCAAAUCCAUCCUAAUAGACAGUGGAGUCAAGUUUGAGUCCAUGUUAUUGGACUAAUGUUGUCAAAAUGGAAAUGUGGCAUUGGCAAGAGAAUGAGAGGAGGAAGAUAUAUCCCUGAAGUCAUUUUAAGUUUUUGUAUUUAUCACAAGUGUAGGUGAAUUUCAUGAGCAUUCACCCAGAUACAGUGGUAUCUCUUUUUCCUAUCUCCUCUUUCCUGGCAUGUUGGUUUGCAAUAAGCCUUUUUGUUUUAAUUUUCAGCAUUUCCAGGCUGGGCUCUAUUUUUAAUGGAAUGUUAUAAAUAAUUAGUGAUUAUUGAGCACUGAAUUUCAUACUAGAGUCUUUGUUAUGCAAAAACAAUAUUAUGGUCAACAAAGAAAAUAAAUAACAUUUAAGGUGAACAGAGAACCCUUCAAGAUUAUACUAGAAUUUCUUCCUUAAAUAGGUGUUCUCUUUUGAUUUUUUUUAAUUGGCCUACAUUCUAACUAUGGCUACCUCAGGAGUAGCUUGUAAAAAUGUGGACUAUCCAGAGGACUUGGACCACAGAUAGAUUAUAAAGUCCAAUGACCAUGCUUCAGAUAGCAGUCAGUUGACCUUUAGAAACUUUGAUUUAGUAGGAGAAUGGGAUGAGGCAGUGAAUGUAAGAAACAGAACUGAACUAUUGAUUUAAUUCUCUUUAUUUCUUUGUCACAAUAUGAAACUUGCCCCAACCCUAUCCCAAAGAACCCCUAGGGUUGACAUGCAUAUGAAAUAAGUCCCAUAUGGUCAAAAUGAUCUGGAGUUCAGCACACAUGGCUACUUUGAGUCUUUUCAAAAUGCAAAAUAACCAAAGUUGUUGUUGGAUAGAUUUCCAAUUUCAAGCCACAUAGAGAAAUAAUUCCAUCUGCUUAAAAACUUCCCUCAUCAUUGGCCAAGAGUUGUACAUGGGGAAAAAGCACCUUCAAAAAUAGGAGCCAAUAAGUGAUCAUUCUUUUAUAUCUAUGUUACAUGCUAUUUGCAACUCUAUUUGCAAUUGAUUCCAGGCACAGUCAUUCUGAGUGACAAGGAGGCAAGUUCUUCAUGUUAUUGAGCAAUGGCAAAAAUGAUAUUUCCAUACACCCUGUCAGCCGUUGACACCUUGUUCAAGGCACUGAAUUCCUAUUUCACAACUUUUAUUUCCCUCCCAAGAAGUAGCAAAAAUCUCACAUUCUCCUAAAUCAACGCCUUGUUGGAAGUUACUGAAUUUAAGAUGCUUUUAGUAUAUCAAACUUGAAGCCAUUUCAGUAGGCUUAUUUUUUUCUGCUUAAUAUUCCUAAUCAACAGUGAUACAGAUUUUUCAAAGGACAUAUAAAUUAUUAAAGUUUUUUUAUGAAAGUGAGGCAUUAGAAAAUACAAGUAAGAUCAAGCCAACAAGAGAUGUUUCAUACUCAGCCAAACCAGCUAUAAAGCUUUCUUUUUCCAACAGUUGUGCAGGAUAAGUAACCAAUGGAGAAGACAGGAAAACAUCCCACACUUCACUUCUCUAAUACCUGUACCCCUUUUGUUAUUUCACUCCUCCUCCCAAGCUGUGUCUCCUUGUCCUUCCAUUUACUGGCUCCUGAACCUAUAGCAAAUAAUUGACUUGACUGACUCUUUGAUGACCUACCUCAAAGAUAUUUUUUUCCUCUUACUCCUUAUUCCCUUUUCUCAGAGAAUUUACUCCGGUGUUUUAUAGUCUACUUCAGUACUUAGUAAAAACUAGCUUAGGAUAGAAUUGCACAUUUUAUCUUAGAAGCAUUUGUUAAUAAAUAUUUUCUGCAUUCAAUGUGUUAGGGAAGAUAGAAUUGAUUUCAAUUCUUAGACAAAGUGAUAGGUGAAUCUGCCCAUUUAUCUUGCCACACCACCUUCUCAUAAAAUUUCCUAUUUCCUAUCUUCUCCAAAAUGCUAAGAAUGCUUGGGUCUGUCCUUUGAUCUUAGCCUGAUCAAAAUAUUUCCGUAGGCUAUUUUUUUAUGCAUUGUGUGAAACUUGAUACAAGUGUGCUAGCAAAAUGUCAGUGAAUCUACAGUUUCUGGUUAGCUUGCCCCCAAGGAAUUUGGCAGCCUUUAGUAUAAGACUAACAUAUUCCUCUGCAUGUGGGUCAUCACCCAGGCUAAAAAAUACCUCCCAUAAUCCUACCUGUGUAAAAAUGGGGGAAACCAUCACCCUGAAGAAAGAGAAUACCUAAAUAUAGACUAAGCAUUUCUUCAAGAUUGGAGCAUGAGUUGCCAAUACAUUAUUGUAUACUUAGCAUAUCAAGCAAAGGGAUCACGAAAACAUUUUCAGGAAUGCAUGAAUAGUGGUUUGUCAACAGCCAGCCCUAGCAAAGUUCAACAUACUUUCCUCUGUUCUCACUGAUGUUUUCCUACUAUUAACAUCUCAUGGACUAUAAGCAGUUUUAUCUAUUCAGCCGUCAACUUUGAUUUUCCAGGCUCAACUUUCCAAAAUAAAAAGGUGGUUCCUACAAAUAAUUGGGCACAGGGGAAUCUCUUUGAGUGGAUUUUCACAUAUAAACCUCUAGAAAAACAUUGGUCAGAUAUGCAUAAUAUCUUCUCCACUAUUUGGUCUUCAUUCCGUUAAGAGAUAUAGAAUGAAGAUGAGUAGCAGUUUUCUGGGUACCUUCCUCUUUCCAUGAAGGAACUAAAAGCUCUAUUAAAAUUUUUAUAUGUAAGACCUGUUUGGGGAAAGCAUGAACAGUUCAGUUUUUACCUUUUAUUUUUGACAUAUAUAGAAUUGCUACCUUGCUUUUUUUCAAAACAUGAUUCCCUCCAGAUUAUGAUGUGCCUAAAUCAAGAGUUUCCAUUUCUUGUUCUUAUAACACUGUUUGAUAGACAUUUUUCUCAAACUCUCCUUACUGGUACAGUGUGACAUAGGUUUGGUUCUACCUCUUGGUAACAAAACAAAUGCUUAGAUAUCCUUGCAAGGUCUCACCUUCCCUUUGGGCAUUAUAAUUCUCUGUAUCAGCAAUUUUGCAAGGCAUAAACAAUAGAAUCCUCAUAUAGAAGCUUCAUUUUAAAAUCAUGAUAAGUAUUCAGUAAAAGACAUGUAUUCUGAAAUACACUUACAGUAAGGGAAGAAUGGUUGUUUAGUUAAUUUUCCCCCCAGGAAUUUUCUAACUAACAAUUAAUGCUCAAUUUCUCUUUUUUGACUUUAGUUUCAGUAGGCUAGCAGUGGGGAUCAGUGGCUCCAAAUUGAAUCAGAGGGGCCUGUGCCUUAGCCAGGAAAACAAGCACUGGCCUACGUGCCUAGGAACUAAAUGAAACAGGCAUAGGUUUUAAGAGAAAUCAGGAAGUGGACCUGAAAAGAUGUAAUAAACUUGGCUUCUCAUAUCUAGGUCUUUCUAAGUUUCAUUUUCAUGGGAUCCUGUAUCUGGAGAAUCAAGUGUAUUUGUUCUUCCUAGAUGCUUAUAUUCUCUUAGCUGAGAACUAAGAGAUGGUGAGUGGUAGUGAGAGGAUGGGGUGAGAUAGGAAAUGGAGCAUAUGGAAAACUGGGUAGAGCCAACACAGAUAUUUCAGACAAUAAACUUUUAGUGGCCCAAUGGUUUUUCGUACAUUCUCUGCAAUGAGAAGUCAUCUCUGAUCAGUGAGAUCUCUGCAGUGAGAUGUAAUGUGUAAACUCUGUGAGGUGGGGACCAAAGAGUGCCCUGAAUACCCUAUUGUCUUUUAUGUUGAUCACCUCCUGGAAAUGUGCUGAAAUGGCAGAAGCCAAAAUGAAAUUGACCUAUGUUUGGUUUGAUGAGUCCGUUAAAGGAACAUGUUUACUGGUCUACUUCCAGUUUUUCUGAUCAUAUCACAUUAAAUUUCCAAGACUCUUUUUAGUCAUUAGUAAUUUACUUCAUUUUGCUUAUUCCCUUUUGAUGCUUCUUCCACCACCAUCCUUUCUCCUGUGCUCUAUAGCUAUUAUUUCUUUACCUUUAUAAUCUCUCCAAGUCUCAGUUCUUUCCAUCUCUUCCUAUCAUAAAUAACUGCCCCCUUCUAUCUCUGCUCCAUCCCCUCAUGCCCUGCACUUCAGUUCUCAUUCCUUCUCCCUAGCAACAUCUUUCAUUCCAAAGGAUGUCCACAUGAUAAUUAUUGACCUGGUAAAUUCUACAGUGUUGUACCGCUUGAUAGGGUUAAUGUUGCCUCAACUCUUCUGGAGACCUCCUCAUACUAAGCAUGCCUUCAUAUACACACAAAAAAAGCAGGAAAACAAAUGGGGGGUGGGAAUUUUCAUUGAUCUGACUUUUUAAAAUUUUUGAUCUGGCUUUAAAAAUGAAGCAAAAAAAAUAAAGACCUAUUUUAUUUUAAUGGGGGAAUGAAUAUAACCUAUCCUACUCCAGUCCUACUUGGCUUUUCAUUUGAGUUAGACAUGAAUUUUAGUAAAAGUUAUGGCACAGUUUGGGUAAGAGGAGGAAUAAUUAUUUAAAAAAUCAAACUUACAUGAUUUUAAAUAGUUAAAAACUUAAUAAGCUAAUUGGAUUCAGGUACAUUUCCUUUAAAAUGAUAAAUGUAGGGGCAGCUAGAUGGCGCAGUGGAUAGAGCACCGAUCCUGGAGUCAGGAGUACCUGAGUUCAAAUCUGACCUCAGACACUUAACACUCACUAGCUGUGUGACCCUGGGCAAGUCACUUAACCCCAAUUGCCUCACUAAAAAAAAACAAAAACAAAAAAAAAUGUUAAAUGUAUAUGUAUUUCUAAUCUAUAUUUGCACAUUUAAUUUUGUAAAAGCUGAGAAAAGCUUAUGAGUUGGAUUUGUAAACAUCCUUUGCAACCAAAUGAAGUAUUUAUUUUUAAAAAGAAAGGGUGAAGGAACCAUUGUUGGUUUGUAUAUAAUGAAAAUAUAGAUAUAUAUUUUCCUCCUUUACACUGCUAUUCACCAUAUUAAGUGUAUUUUUGUAUGUAAAAUAUAUUGGUUAGAAAUUAUAGAUUGUCUACUCAAAGAAUUCUAUCUCUAAUGUAGCUAUUUAUCCUGUGUUAUUCAUACUAUUAAUAUUUUAGCCUUCUUUUAAUUUGUUUUAAGA